UUACAGUACAGUACAGUAAGGUACGUAAUACGAAAAAUACGAAAAACCAACCAAAACUCUUCGUUACAACAGCAUGACGCGCUUGAUCUUCGCACUGAUUGAGACGAAACUGUUUCAUUUAAGUCGUACGCUUCAUCGAAGAGCUUCGCAGAAAAACAAAGCAUACCAAUAUAUCUCUAUCUUGUCUUACUUUUCCAGGGACAGGCUCCGAACUGAGUAGAUAGAAAGCAAAUGCAAGGGAGACAUAGCCUUUCACUAUCUACAGUACUCGUACCAUGGCGUCUUUCCUAGAACAGAACAAGGAAUUUGUUCUCAAGCUCUACAUCAAAACUUCUGAUGGUAAGUAACGUAAUUCCCGACCCUAGAGAUGAACUACAACUACAACCAUGGUGAACUGUCUCCGGUUGGCUUAACAGCUUUUUUGGUUCGUGCUGUUCCGGCUUUUAUGAAACCCUUUCCCUGGUGUUUAUGAUCCCCAACACUUGUUGUCGCCUUACUCUGUACUUGACACCUUGAACAUCGCACAGGAGAAACUCGAAUUCGAAGGGUGUGUUUGCCCCGCAUCGCGGAUAAGUAUGGCACAAGCGUAUCGUACGAAGAAUUGGUUGGAUUAGUCCUUGUUUUUACAUUUCCGGAAGAAGAUUCAUCAACAAGGGAUACGAAGAAAUAUUUGGUGUCUCUCACGUACUACGACGAUGAAAAGGACCUGAUCACGGUUGGAUCAACGGAAGAACUCAUGGAUGCCAUUGAAUUGUUUGCGGGACAGAAAUUCAUGAGAAUUACAACCUGUGUGAAACCCAAAAAGUCUUGUCAUGGAUCACCGACUUCUGCUUCGUCUGCGAAUGUAAGCGAUGGCGCUUCCCCUUCUUCCCCCGAUCGUGGUGGGUCGGACGUCAAGCAUCUCCCGCCUCCUCCCGUGAGGAUGAUUCUCGAGACCUUCUCCGGAAUUCUUGCCAAAGCUGCCCACGAACUCCCAGAAAUGGCGACUCACUUUCAACCCGGGUCAAGCCACAGGUCCAACAAGAAGACACAAACUCCUUCGUCUAGUGCGCCUAAGGAAGCAGAACCAUUUGUUGAUGAGACGAACGGAACUCCACCCAGUUCUUCCACAAAGAGACCACCUGUCCCUUCAUUUAGUUCCUCCACAAGAAAGCCGCCUCCAACCUCGUGCAGUGCUUUUGACAGGAAGCCACCUCCCAAGUCUAGUCGAAAGAAGGUGCGGGAGGACAACAAGGGAACCAAGGUUUCGAAAGGAGCAAGGGGAUCAAAAGCACCACCUUCUCGUGAUAGUGCGAUUUCUACCCCUAAAACCAAUGCCAGUAAGGAAGGAGCUAGUUCUAAGCGCGCCUCUCCGCAUUCCAAAAACGUGGGUCGGUGUGGAUCCCCGGGUACCACUAAGGAGCCAAGCCCAAAAGCAGGAGCUGAGAAGCCCUUCAUUCAUGGGAGGCACACCUGUGAUGGUUGUCUUACCACCCCCAUUGUUGGGAAUCGCUACCGUGCGACAAACCUUCCGGAUUACGAUUUGUGCCAGCACUGUUAUCAUAACUACAAGGGCAGCGAGAUCAAAUUCAAACCCAUGGAACUACGUCGUGACGUCGCUUUCCAGGCCCGUUGGCACCACCGCUAUGAAAUGAACGUCACAGCGAUGAAGAGGCGAAACCGACGACGUCAUUCUCGAUCUCGUGGAAAAGAUCGGUGCGGAGCUCACGAGUGUACCAAUCCUGGGUCCGAAAGGAGCCCUACCUCGCUUCCUGUGUCUAACGAUUGUGAUACUGGUGUCAUCCGAGACGAAACCAACUCGGAAUCACCUGUUGAUGCUGCUGCCGGGUUCGAUGAUUUCGACACUCUAUUGAAAGAAGCUAUUCGACGAAGCCUCGAUGAUGUUGUACAGAACUCUUUCAGUGGGAAGAGCGAAGAAUCUAGCGAGCUCGAAAAGGAAACUGCUGAGUUUUCCAACGAGGAAUGUGCUCUCGGAGAUCAAUCCAGAAAAGGUAGCAGUUUAGUCAAAGGUGAAAUUUCUCCUUCUGUCGAGAUGGUAGAACUUAAAACUACCAUUUCCAAAGACGAACAUACCGCUUGCACUGCCAAUAUUGUCUCGCGAAAACCAUCUAAAGACACCGAGGAUGAAAGUAUUUGCAAAUACCAAGGCUCCAAGAAUGAGAGCAGUAAUGCCAAGGGUGAUAUUCCACUUUUUUUGGACACUGUCGAGUCCAAAACCUCCGAUUGCGUAGAUACUGCUUGUGAUGUUGAAAACAAAGUCGAAGGCGAGAACGUUGAAAAGACUACCAAAAAAGAAGAAUGCGAACGCGGAAAGGAGGAGAGUGCCGCGAAAUGUCAAAGUUCCAACGAAGAGAACAGUUUCGCGAAGGGUGAUAUCCCUCGUUCUGUGGAAAUCAUUGAACAAGACACGACUGGGAAAGAAACCCCCCCUUGCGACGAAUCAACCUUGGAUAACUCUAGCGAGGUAGAGAAGGCCAAUAUUGUCAAGACUAUGGAACGGGCGAUGGACGCGACUUCCGUUGAUUCGGAGAAACUUCUCGCGGAGACCAGAGGAAACGAUGCUUCCCCUUCUCCUGUUGCCAAAACCUCUAAGAACAAACACAGCGAGUCCCCCUUUUCGAAGCGAAGUCUCAGGGACGAAUCAUUUGCUUCCGAUGCAGUGGGCAUUGGCGAUGUUGCAGAAAUGGUGGGCAAAACCCUAGACAUGGUGGCCGGAGAAAUCAGUGAGAUGCUGUGUGACGAUGACGAAGGUUCGGUUUUUGACGGCGACGAAAGUGCCACAUCCAGCAAAUGCACGAACGACGAGACCGAAAGGGGAGAACUUAUUCUGAACCCUGGCGAUGAGACGACCGAGGAGAAGGCCGACGAGGACGAUUGGAGUGUUGUGAAGUCUGUCGGAACAAACGGAACCACGGAAUCUCAAAGAAUUGGCCAAGCCACUCAGAUGCUCGGAUCUGCACUCUUUAACAGCGACAUUCAGACUUCGGAGGAAAACGCGUCUAGCAUGAUGGCAUCAGGUUCUUCGUUCUCGGUUCCGAGUUCUGUUCCCACCGACCUCGGAACCGUCCAUUCGAGCGUCUCGAGGCCGCGGCACGCCACCCGGUGGGCUGGCGAGCUCGAAAAGCUCCGGGAACUUGGAUUCGACAACGAAGAAAAGUGUAUCCGGAUCCUCGAACGACUUGAAGGAUUAUCGGAUACGAAGUUGAAGUCGAUCGAAACGACAGAACUUAUUGGUAUGGUGGUCAGCGAGAUUCUAGAGGAAGAAUGAAUAAGAACUGAUUGUCCAGUACUCAUAUUUGGAUUAUGAAUAUGUAAAUUGUUCAUGAAAAGUUGGCAACAGCCAAUAGAGGACGAUUAAUAUUAAAUUACUAUCUCAGUAAUUACUUCUACUAACUUUACCAAACC